AUGGCAGCCAAGAAAGAGAUUCUUGUCAUCGGCGGCACUGGUGCCCAAGGAGCACCUGUCGUCAGAGCGCUUGCCGAGAGUGGACGAUACACUGUCCGAGUCCUGGCUCGAAAAAUAGAGUCUUCUCGCGCAAAGGACCUCGCUGCUCUCGUGAAUGUGGCCCUAAUCCAAGGCCAGCAGACUAACCAGCAAGAUUUGCACCGCGCUUUCCGCGGUGUCUACGGCGCUUGA